UCACCCUCCUCCUCCGCCGCCCCCGGGCGCCUCCUCCGCCCGCCGGGCCCGGGCCGCGCCGGGGGAGGACGGGGAGCAGCGCUGCCGCCGCCGCCGCCACCGCCGCCGCGGCCGGGCCCGUCCCCCUGCGCCUCCCCCGAGCACCAUAGGCGGCUCCGGCAGCAAGAUGUCCAACCGGGUGCUCUGCCGGGAGGCCAGCCACGCCGGCAGCUGGUACACAGCCUCAGGACCCCAGCUGAAUGCACAACUAGAAGGCUGGCUUUCUCAAGUACAGUCCACAAAGAGACCUGCUAGAGCCAUUAUUGCACCCCAUGCAGGAUAUACCUAUUGUGGAUCUUGUGCAGCCCAUGCUUACAAACAAGUGGAUCCUAAUAUUACCCGAAAAAUUUUCAUUCUUGGGCCUUCCCAUCACGUGCCCCUUUCCCGAUGUGCACUUUCCAGUGUGGACAUUUAUAGAACACCUCUGUAUGAUCUCCGAAUUGACCAAAAGAUUUAUGGAGAAUUGUGGAAGACUGGAAUGUUUGAGCGUAUGUCUCUACAGACAGAUGAAGAUGAACACAGUAUUGAAAUGCAUUUGCCUUAUACUGCUAAAGCCAUGGAAAGCCAUAAGGAUGAGUUUACUAUUAUUCCUGUGUUGGUCGGAGCACUGAGUGAGACAAAAGAGCAGGAAUUUGGAAAACUCUUCAGUAAAUACCUAGCUGAUCCUAGUAACCUCUUUGUGGUUUCUUCUGACUUUUGCCAUUGGGGUCAGAGGUUCCGUUACAGUUACUAUGAUGAAUCCCAAGGAGAAAUUUAUAGAUCCAUUGAGCACCUAGAUAAAAUGGGUAUGAACAUUAUAGAGCAACUAGAUCCUGUAUCUUUUAGCAAUUACUUGAAGAAAUACCAUAAUACAAUAUGUGGAAGACAUCCUAUUGGUGUAUUAUUAAAUGCUAUCAACGAGCUGCAGAAGAAUGGAAUGAAUAUGAGCUUUUCAUUUUUGAAUUAUGCUCAGUCAAGCCAGUGUCGAAACUGGCAAGACAGCUCAGUGAGUUAUGCAGCUGGAGCACUUAUGGUCCACUGAACCUCUGAAUGCUCAGGGAUGGCACCUGCACACACUCUGUAUACGGGGUCCCAGCCUAGCCCUUACAAAGAUACAGUCCCUGGUCUUUGGGUAUACUGAAACCUCAAACUAAUAGAACUUUCUUCUUUUCUAGUAGGUGUAGUCCUUCCUUAGUUUCAACUCAUUUAAAAAUGCUUUCUUGUUUAGGACAAUGGAAGGAAGGCUGGUAUCAAAACAUUGUGGGUUUUUUUUUUUUUUUAGAAAAGGUAAUGGCUAUGAAGGUAUGGUGGCAGACAGUCCUUACAAAUGCAACAUGUAAAGCAUUUACCAUAUCCUAAAUUUGCACUCUUUGCAGACCUGUGCACAUGUACUCAGCUUUCAGAAUAGUUUUGCAAGUUGUAAAUGGAAAAAGGGGUGGAAGCUUUUUAAUAAAAGAAAAAAGGAAAACAACGCAUUUAUAAAUGAUCCUGUAUUAGAAUAUAAUAAAACUCCAGUAUAGUCAGUUACUACCCGUGAUGUACAACAGAUAUCUUCUAUUUUAGUUGCUAAUAAAGGGCUACACAAACCAAAA